AUGGCACAGUGGGAUGACUUUCCUGAUCAGCAAGAAGACACUGACAGCUGUACAGAGUCUGUGAAGUUCGAUGCUCGCUCAAUGACAGCUUUGCUUCCUCCCCAUCCUAAAAAUGGCCCAACUCUUCAAGAGAGGAUGAAGUCUUAUAAAGCUGCACUGAUCACCCUUUAUCUCAUUGUGUUUGUAGUUCUCGUGCCCAUCAUUGGCAUAGUGGCAGCUCAGCUCCUGAAAUGGGAAGCGAAGAAUUGCACAGUUGGUUCAGUUAAUGCAGAUAUAUCUCCAAGUCUGGAAGGCAAAGGAAAUGGCAGUGAAGAUGAAAUGAGAUUUCGAGAAGUUGUGAUGGAACGCAUGAGCAACAUGGAAAACAGAAUCCAGUAUCUUUCAGAUAAUGAAGCCAAUCUCCUAGAUUCUGAGAAUUUCCAAAAUUUCAGCAUAACAACUGAUCAAAGAUUUAAUGAUGUUCUUUUCCAGCUAAAUUCCUUACUUUCCUCCAUCCAGGGACAUGAGAAUAUUAUAGGUGAUAUCUCCAAGUCAUUAGUAGGUCUGAACACCACAUUACUUGAUUUGCAGCUCAGUAUUGAAACACUGAAUGGCAUAGUCCAAGAGAAUGCAUUUAAACAACAAGAGGAGAUGCGUAAAUUAGAGGAGCGUAUGUACAAUGCAUCAGCAGAAAUGAAGUCUCUAGAUGAAAAACAAGUGCAUUUGGAACAGGAAUUAAAAGGGGAAGUGAAACUGUUGAAUAAUAUCACUAAUGAUCUGAGGCUGAAGGAUUGGGAACAUUCUCAGACACUGAAAAAUAUCACUUUAUUCCAAGGUCCUCCUGGACCUCCAGGUGAAAAAGGAGAUAGAGGCCCUCCUGGACUAAAUGGUUUGCCAGGCUUUCCAGGUCUAAAAGGUAAUCCAGGUCUUAAAGGUGAUCGGGGGAUCUCUGGUUUUCCUGGAAUUCGAGGAUUCCCAGGACCAGCGGGGAGGACCGGGAAGCCAGGAAUUAAUGGACAAAAAGGCCAGAAGGGAGAAAAAGGGAGUGGAAGCAUGCAAAGACCAGCGUAACUCCCUGAUCGUUUUAGGGCAGGCCCCUUUGAAGAUCAGGUGGGCUGGGCGGGACACCCCGUGCUACCAUCUCAUUAAAAGGCCCUUCAUCUCUGGACAAGUCAUCAGCACAGCUGACUCCAGUAUCCCCUUGCGGCUCCUCCCAACGACCUUGGUUCCUACAUGGUGUCAGCUUCUGCACGCCUUCCUCUCCUGGUCCUUUGGUGCUGUUGGGGCCUUUGCUCCCCUGCUCAUACCUGUCCACUCUCCAGCACCUCUCCAUGACCACUGUCCCUGAGCUGGGAAGCCUCCAUGGAUUGACUUGCAGACUGCUCUCUCCUACCCUCUACAGAGCCAGGCCAGGAUCACUCUGCCACCCACUCAUCUAGUGUCUCCUGAAUCCAUUGGCUCCCAGGAGAAAUUUCAUGGUAACAGAUUAUAUGUGAGUUCUUUACCCUCAGACAUAUCAGUCUCAGCCAGAAAUAGCAAUGCCAUAAAUGAAUCCAUUUGUUUGUUCAGCAUAUGUUUACCAUAUACCUCCUGGGGCUAGACUUAACAGCUAAUAAGAUAGCUGUUGUCUCUGGCCUUCCAGAACUAAUUGUCCCUGAAAAACACAGACAUGAACACAAGCAGUUAUGCAUUAGAGCAGGGCUAGAUGGGGGAAGGAACUGGGCUCCGUGGCUGU